UGGCAGUACCCUUCGCGGCCAAGUAGGCGGACCAGCUGGUAAGGAAAGUAGCAAGAGGAUGGAUAAUCAGAGCCAUAACAUUUUCUAAUUUUAGGAGGAUAAUUGUAGCAACACUAAUGCCUUUGUAUCAUGACUGGACUUAGUGCGGCUACUGUAAUUCAAGUAUAGCCUAUGCGUACGAGGAUGGCGUGGUGGAGGCUAGGUCACGGAAGCGAUUUGUCAAAUUAUGUAACUCAUUGACCAAAUACAUGUCAUCGUUGACGAGAGGUAGUUGAUGAUUGAUUGUUGAUUCCUUAAUUUCGUGGUUACUCGGGGAGAGCGUGCCGACAUGGUGAGCAGCUUUAUGAGCGCAUGAUGCCCUCUGCAAUUUACUUUGUAAUCGAAGAUGGCGGAGCUAGAUGGGGAGUUCUCAGAGCGCUCUCAGAACAGUAUGGCUAACAAGAAUAGCACCCUGCGUUGCACGUUUUCUGCUCCCACACAUAGCACCACCCUCCUACAAGGGUUGUCAGCCCUGCGGGAACAAGGACAAUUGCUCGACGUAGUUUUGGCCAUCAACGAGGAGCGCUUCCAGGUCCAUAAGGCAGUUCUCGCCUCCUGCAGUGACUACUUCAGGGCCAUGUUCACGGGCGGCAUGAAGGAAUCCAAGCAGGACACCAUCGAGCUGAAGGGCCUGUCGGCGCGUGGCCUGAAGCACAUCAUCGACUUUGCUUACAGCUCGGAGGUGACGCUGGACCUGGACUGCAUCCAGGACGUGCUGGGGGCCGCCGUCUUCCUGCAGAUGGAGCCGGUGGUGGAGCUGUGCGAGGAGUUCCUCAAGUCGGCCAUGAGCGUGGAGACCUGCCUCAACAUCGGCCAGAUGGCCACCACCUUCAGCCUGGCCUCGCUCAAGGAGUCGGUGGACGCCUUCACCUUCAGCCACUUCCUGCAGAUCGCCCAGGAGGAGGACUUCCUGCAUAUCCCCAUGGAGCGCCUCGUCUUCUUCCUGCAGAGCAACAAGCUGAAGAACUGCAAGGAGGUGGAGCUGUUCCAGGCGGCCAUCCGCUGGCUGCAGCAUGACGAGGGGCGUCGUGCGCGUGCCAGCGAAGUGCUGUGCCACGUGCGCUUCCCGCUCAUGCGCUCCACGGAGCUGGUGGACCACGUGCAGACGGUGGACAUCAUGGUGGAGGACGUGAGCUGCCGCCAGUACCUGCUGGAGGCCUUCAACUACCAGAUCCUGCCCUUCCGGCAGCACGAGAUGCAGUGCCCUCGCACCCUCAUCCGCUCCGACGCACUCUCGCUCAUCGCCUUCGGCGGCACCCCGUACACCGACAACGACCGCACCGUCAGUGGAAAGGUGUUCUUCCUCCCCGACGUCACGGCUCGUCAGUUUAAGGAGCUUGGUGAGAUGGAGGGGGGUGGUUGCAGCCACGCGUGCGUGGCGGUGCUGGAUAACUUCGUCUACGUGGUGGGCGGGCAGCACCUGCAGUACCGCAGUGGAGAGGGGGCGGUGGACGCCUGCUUCCGCUUCGACCCGCACCUCCGCACCUGGCUCCGCCUCCCCGCCAUGCAGGAGGGCCGCAUCCAGUUCCAGCUCAACGUGCUGCAGGGCCAGCUCUACGCCAGCGGGGGGCGCAACCGCUCCGGCAGCCUGGCCUCCGUGGAGCGCUACUGCCCCAAGAAGAACGAGUGGAGCUACGUGGAGUCGCUGAAGCGGCGCGUCUGGGGCCACGCCGGCGCCACCUGCGGGGACAAGCUGUACGUGUCGGGCGGCUACGGCGUCUCCGUGGAGGACAAGAAGACGCUGCACCGCUACGACCCCGCCGCCGACGCGUGGGACUUCAAGGCGGCCAUGAACGAGGCGCGCGUGCUGCACGCCAUGAUCUGCGUGGGCGAGCGCGUGUACGCGCUGGGGGGCCGCAUGGACCACAUGGACCGCUGCUUCGACGUGCUGGCGGUGGAGUACUACGCCCCCGAUGCUGACCAGUGGACCACGGUGAGCGCGCUCCGCACCGGCCAAUCGGAGGUGGGCUGCUGCCUCCUGGGUAACAAAAUCUACCUGGUGGGUGGGUACAACUGGCACCUGAACAACGUGACGAGCAUCGUGCAGGUGUAUAACACCGAGACCAACGAGUGGGAGCGAGAUCUGCAUUUUCCCGAGUCGUUUGCGGGAAUCGCGUGCACGCCCAUCAUCUUACCACAGACUACGACCCAACGAUGAGGUCACUGGGCCGAGUACACUGGAAAGGGAUCCAAGCAAAUACACUGACUGGCCACAAAAAGAGAAAAGGGAAUGCUUCACUGGGUCCUGUAUCCAAUUAGUAAAAAAGGAUACUCAUCAAAAAAACUUGGGCGUCCAA